AUGGGGGACGCUAUCAAAGAACUCAACCAGGAGCAUGGAGUAUCGGUGGAGAUUCUGAAGGGGAUCCUUCCCCCGUCAUGGGUUGAGUGGGCCUUAGAACCGACAGGAGAAACCGGAAGACGUCAGCCCACCGUUGCAGAACGGGCAGCACACGAUGGGGAAUCUACUACGCCGAGGAAAGCCCAGCACAAACUGGGCAAGGCGAUUAACAAGAUACAACUUGAAAAGUUCAUGGAGUCUCUGGAGCACCUCCCCCAGGAGGCGGUACCACCCACGCGGGACAACCCCUACGGAGGUCAAGAGGCCAGGAACAUGGCAUACGCACGAACGAGAAGCUCGCAAGGGCAAGGGGGGCACGCGUUCCUGAGAGCGGCUCCCACCGACCGAGCUCGAGAGAUUCCAUCGAACGAAUUCGUCUACGCGACGAGACGCGCCUUGGGAGUUGAAGAAUUCUUGGCGGAAAGAUGUCCCAGGUGCCACAGAGGCAGGGAAGGCGAGAUCAUCACAACGGUGCACGCAAGGACCUGUCGAAGGGAUGGAGCACAGGUCAACAUGCACGAGCCGUUAAAAUACGCACUAUCGAGAGCACUCAACGGCCUUCGCGUCAAACACGACGUUGAAAGCGGGGCACCGUUCACGGGGGAAAGAAACCUGAGCAUGGACAUCGUCAUCAGGCCAGGAGCCCUCACGAACGCAUCUUCUCCGGGGUACCGCAACAAAGGAAUACUCCUCGAUGUCACACACGCAGACCCGCAAGCACAGGUACACUUGCGGAACGGCAGCGCGACCAGCGAUGGAAUCGCAGCCCAAGCAUCCGAGGCGCGAAAGCGUCAGCACUACGCUCGUCCGGGACACGUGUCCUUUGACGAACGCAGCUUUAAACUUACCACCUUAGCCGUGGAAAGCUUUGGCCGCCUUGGAGAGGAGGGUUACGAGUUCAUCGAUGAACUUGCGACACAUGCCGUGGGAGGAAGGGACGGAGGAACGAUGGCUCUGAAAGGAGUCUUCAAGGAACGACUUCUUCAGAUCGUUUCGGUGGCUACACAGGUGGCCAUAUCUCGGCGAGUGCAGAGGUACAAGCUCGCAUUGCGCGGGCGUCAAGACGCCGAAAACAGGCGAACAAGAUCGACCUCGGACCAGUCAAUGCCAAUGAUAUGGGGAUGGAGUGUAGACGCAUCGUAGAACGCGUUUUCGUUUGAAGUUGGCGUCUUGUUUUGAGAGUAGAUGUGACAGAUUUGCGUAGAAUAGGGUAAGAUGUUAUCAUGAACGGAGAUGAAAGGGCUUUUCCAACACGGAGAUGUGGCAUGGAUCAAAGCAUUUGUUGGAUUUCACCUUUUACAAGCGGACAUCAACGCAGUAGUAUUUUAGCAAGCUUACGAACGCACAUAGGAUACCAUCAGGAUU